UCUUGCGUCUCCCUUGCAAUACUGACCCCUUGUGUCCCCCGACCUGCCACUAGCGUUGAAUCACGACGACGACCGACCGCAUGUGGCGUUCCUCGCUUCGGUUCGCCAGGAAACAAUCCUUGUUCGCGGCGGCUGCCGCCGGCGCAGCGUUCUCGUCCAUGAAUGGCACGUCAUUCUGUGAUGGCAAGGUAGUCGAAGCAGCAACGAAACCAACGUCGUUGCAGACUGAACAGCCCACGGAAGCCGAGAAAAUCGUCGGCCGGUAUGAGAAUCGACUGCGGCGAUUCAGCAGCCCGGAACGAGUGUUCCACUACUUUGCCAGCAUUCGACUCGACAAGCAGCCGUACAUGACCCGCCAGGACUUUAUCCGUGCGCUGACUCCGUACACGUUCCGCAAGGGAGAUCAGUUGCAUUCAAAGAACGCCGAGUUUAAUCCGAUGGUCGCGCUGAGCGCGCCCAAGAAAGCCGAUGUGGAAGCGUACAAGGCUCUCGUCCAAGAGAUCAUGCGACUCGGCGAACAUGAAGAGUGGAAGAAGUCCCCGGACGCAAAGAAAGAACUCGAAACACUCAUGACCAAGUUGACACACGACUACACGAUGGAUUUGCAGACGCAUUUGCUCGUGCUACGGGAACUCAACGUGACAUGCCGCGAGUUUGAAACGUUUGUCGAGACGCAUGGCGGGCCCAAGGCCCAUCGCGAAGCGUUCUUCGACUUGGUCGAUACGGACGGCGACGGCCUCAUCUCGUACCCCGAGUACAUGUUCUUUAUGACCCUCCUCAGCAUUCCCGAGCGACAAUUUGAGCUUGCGUUCAAGAUGUUUGACGAUGACGGCAACGGCGUGAUCGACCACCGUGAGUUCAAAGAGAUUAUGGACUUGAUGCGUCUGCGCACGCCAGCGGGACGCCAAGACCGCCGACUCAAGGACAAUUCGACGCCAGCUUUCAAGAACUUGUUUGGCGAAUGGGAACGGGACCCCCUUACGUUUGAAAAGUUUCGGGCGUUCCGGAACAACUUGAAGCGGGAGGUCAUGCACUUGCACUUCGAUCACUACGACGUCGAUGGCAGCAAAGAGCUGUCGGUGCGCGAGUUUGGCAUGUUCCUCGUGUCCCACGUAAAGCAAAACGAGCUAGACCGGUGGGUCGAGAAGGUCGACAAGCUGCACGGCGUCGAGAUGAGCAUCACGGAGCAAGAAUUCAUGGACUUUUACAACUUCCUUGAAAACCUCGACGCGAUGAAGGUGGCGAUGGAACUUGUUAUGGAAAAGAAUGGGCUCGACAAAGGUGCGUGAACUCCGUCGCUGUUGCUUGUGGUUAGUGCCCGUCCUUCGUGCACAGAGCAAUUCUUCCGCGCGACGCGCGCAGCAUGCAAUGGCGGGCGGCCGUUGGUAUCGCGUCAGAUUGUAGAUAUCAUCUUCGCCUUGUUUGAUGAAAGCGGGGAUGGCACGGUCUCGCCAGACGAGUUCCUCGGCGUGAUGGAAACAAGGCGCAGCGCCGGCCUUCGGGAGCGCCGAGACCUCGGCGCUCUUGAGUUCGUCAAGCGCAUCAGGUCGUGCUUCCUCGAAUGCGUCGCCGACAUCGCAUGAGUGGAAAUCGUGUGGUGCCUCCCCAAGAUCCAUGUCGUUUUAAAUAAAUGCACAUGCCCAUAGCUUGCGAUUUGUAUCUGGAUUUUAUCG